CACUGGAAGCGGUUGUCCCGGGGACUCCCGCCCCUAAGGGGCGAGGGGAGGGGCCGGAAGCACCUCUGCGCUUCCCGGUUGCUAGGAGACGGGGCUUCUACACGCCACACACAGGUUCUCCGGCUUCUUUUCCUCCCUUUCUCUGCUUCAGCGUCACCGCAUGCGGUCACCAUGUCGGACCCAGAAGCUGACACCUUGCGAAGCACCUUUCCCUCUUACAUGGCGGAAGGCGAGCGGUUGUAUCUGUGCGGGGAGUUCUCUAAAGCUGCCCAGAGCUUCAGCAAUGCUCUUCACCUUCAGAAUGGAGAUAAGAACUGCCUGGUUGCCCGGUCCAAAUGCUUCCUGAAGAUGGGAGAGUUGGAGAAAUCCCUGCAGGAUGCUGAGGCUUCACUCCAGGGUGACCCGACUUUCUGUAAGGGGAUUUUACAAAAGGCUGAGACCUUGUACACCAUGGGGGACUUUGAGUUUGCGCUGGUGUUCUAUCAUCGAGGCUACAAGCUGCGGCCUGACCGAGAAUUCAAAGUUGGAAUUCAGAAAGCCCAGGAAGCCAUCAACAACUCAGUGGGAAGUCCUUCUUCAAUUAAGCUGAAGAACAAAGGGGACGUCUCCUUCUUGAGCAAGCAGGCUGAGAGUAUGAAAGCCCAGCAGAAGCCUCAUCCCAUGAGACACCUCGUACACCACCCCAAGAUAGAGUCCAAGCGGAAGGGCUCGUUGAAGAGUGAGAAGAUUGUCCGCCAGCUCCUGGGCGAGCUCUACGUGGACAAGGAGUAUCUGGAGAAGCUCCUUUUGGAUGAAGACCUGAUCAAAGGCACCAUCAAGCACGGCCUGACCGUGGAGGACCUCAUCAUGACAGGCAUCAACUACCUGGACACCCGCAGUAACUUCUGGAGACAGCAGAAGCCCAUCUAUGCCAGGGAGCGGGACCGGAAGCUGAUGCAAGAGAAAUGGCUGCGAGACCGCAAACGGCAGCCCUCACAGACAGCCCGCUACAUCCUCAAGAGCCUCGAGGACAUUGACAUGUUGCUGAGCAGCGGCAAUGCCGAAGGGAGCCUUCAGAAGGCUGAGAAGGUGCUGAAGAAGGUGCUGGAAUGGAACAAAGAGGAGGUGCCCAACAAGGAUGAGCUGCUUGGAAACUUGUACAGCUGCAUAGGGAACGCCCAGAUUGAGCUGGGGCAGAUGGUCGCAGCCCUGCAGAGCCACCGGAAGGACCUGGAGAUCGCCAAGGAACAUGCCCUUCCUGAUGCUAAGUCAAGAGCCCUUGACAACAUCGGCAGGGUUUUUGCCAGAGUUGGGAAAUUCCAGCAAGCCAUCGACACGUGGGAGGAGAAGAUCCCGCUGGCAAAAACCACGCUGGAGAAGACCUGGCUGUUCCACGAGAUCGGCCGCUGCUACUUGGAGCUGGACCAGGCCUGGCAGGCCCAGCAUUACGGCGAGAAGUCCCAGCAGUGUGCUGAGGAAGAAGGGGACAUCGAGUGGCAGCUGAACGCCAGCGUUCUGGUGGCACAGGCACAAGUCAAGCUGAGAGACUUCGAGUCGGCCGUGAGCAACUUUGAGAAGGCCCUGGAGAGAGCGAAGCUGGUUCAUAACAACGAGGCGCAGCAAGCCAUCAUCAGCGCCUUGGAUGAUGCCAACAAGGGCAUCAUUGAAGAGCUGAAGAAAACGAACUACAGGGAGACACUGAAAGAAAAGAGGGAGAAAGAAGAGGCCAUUGCACUGGAAAAUAAGAUCAUGAUGGUAAGGGAGAAGGAAACAAUGAGAAGAGAAAGAAACGGGCCUGAGAAGGUGAUGAAGCACUGGGAACGAGAGCCAGUUGAGAACGAGGAAGAGACAGAAGACAAGUUGUCUCAGGAGAUUCUGAGGAUCACAGCAACUGGACAAGAAGAAAACGGGCAGACGGAAGUAGGGGGAGCCCGUUCCUUUCAGAGAACAGGGCUGGGAGCCACGGGCCAAGAUUCAAGAGACGUUGCCAAGAAAGCAUCUGGAGAAGCAGGCGCAGAAAGAGCGGGAAACGUGAGCAGAAGGGAAUCGAGAGAAAUUUACAGGAGGCCUUCAGAGCUGGACCAGAAACUCUCAGGGGACUUAAGCGGAAAGGAGUCGGAGGGACUGGAGAGGAAAGUUUCCGAAGCCAGCAGAAAAGAGUCAGAAGUAGAGCAAACGGAACUGGGAGGAACAGCAGAAAUGACCACAGCAGAAGAUGCUGAAGAAAUGGGAAAAGAUGAAAAAGCAGAUGAAUGAAGCAGUCAGCAGCUGGCAUUAGAAUCAGGGGGCUUGUGUUCCCAGGGGCUGUGGGGAUCUUAAACUGGACUUUCGAGCUGAGAUUUGUCUUUAACGGGAGAACGUGGGGCCUAGGCUCCGCAGGUCACUUCUGCCUAAUUCUGUUACUGUUUUCCCUUUAAAUAGAUACCUUUCAUUCUUGCAAA